CCCAUCUGGAAGUGGAAGCUAAUGUUAACGGAAGUAGAUUGAGUGAUACUCGGUCUCUGUUGAUCGAGUGCACCUUACAAGCCACUUUUAGGGGCGCUGCACUUGCCAGAGGUAUAGGAGUUUCUUCAGCUAUCCACCUUUUGUUUUAGGACAGGCUUCCAGCCAUGUCUGCUAUGGUGGAUCUAAAGACAAAGGAGGAGAAAGAUGCUGAGCUAGACAAAAGGAUUGAAGCUCUAAGGAAGAAAAAUGAGGCUUUGGUCAAGAGAUAUCAGGAAAUACAGGAAGAUAAGAAGAAAGCUGAACAGGAGGGCAUCGCUGUGACAGCAACUCGCAAACCCCGCCCUCAUGAGCCUGAGUCAGAACGGAGAAAGACAGAGAAGGAGAACUUCACAGUGACAGUCGACUUGUCUAAACAAGUUGGGGAGAAGCGUGUGGUAAAUGACAGGAAACCAGUUGGUAAUCGUGGUGACCAGGGUCCAGAAGAAGAAGAGGAGGAGUCUGGUCGGCCUCACUGCGAGAGUCCCCCCAACAGAACCGGAUCAGGCCGGCUGAGCAGAGGUGGCCACCGUGGGGGAAGAAGAGAGCCUCGUCCAAACAGAGGUGAACCACGGCCAGACAGACAGCCUCAGGAUGGUGAAGGUGGAGAGGGUCCUGCUCGUACUGAACGCUCCUCUAGAGGAGGGCGGAGAGGAGGAGGAGGAGGAGGAGGAGGAGGAGGAGGAGGAGGAGGAGGAGGAGGAAGAGGAGGAGGAGGAGGAAUGCAAGGAGGGCCAGGCUCAGACAGGAAAUCAAAGGAGUGGGAGGAGAAAAGAAGACAGAACAUAGAGAAGAUGAAUGAGGAGAUGGAAAAGAUUGCUGAAUAUGAGAGAGGUCAAAGGGCUGAUGGAGAGAAGAACCCCAUCAGGAACUUCCUUGAUGAUCCACGGCGCAGUGGGCCAAUCCCAGACAUUGACCGCAAGGAGGGAAGCCGACGACACGUGCGCAACUGGGGUGGAGUUGACUUUGACAAUGUGAAGACUGGUGCAGAGGUCGAGAAAGAAUGGACGAAUCGUAGGCCAAGUGGUAGAGGCUCAGUGGAUAUGACUUUAUCCAUGACGGGUCGAGAAAGAGCCGAAUAUCUCCGCUGGAAAAAGGAGCGAGAGCAGAUUGACGAAGAACGGCUGGCUCGUCACCGUAACGCCACCGGCCAGUGGAGACGAGAGUGGGAUGCACAGAAAACAGAUACAAUGUUCAAGGAGGACUCAGCUGUGGCCGGAGAGGGCACACAACAAGAAAGCAACAGGAGAGCAGCUAGGGGGCGCAAUGCCCAUGUACAGCAACGCAGUGGACCUUCAGAAGACAGCAAGAGGCCGCCCAAGGCACCAACCUUCGGGGACUUCAUGGGACAGGGCAAACCCAGACAGGGAGGCCGUGGACGAGGGAUGGGCCGCGGUCAAGGCAAAAGCUACAGCAUGCAUGAUAAUCGGUGGGAAGGAGAAAAUGAAGAGGAGAAAGGAAGAAAGGAGGAGCAAGAGAAGGAGAAGGAUGAAAAGGACAAAGGGAAAGAAAACGAGAUUGAGGACGGCACCCUCAAGGCUCCAUUGUCAGCAAAGAAGAAUGAUGAAGGAGGCCUUGCUGAAGAGGAUGAAGAUGAGUGGGAGGAUGCUAGCGAUGGUGAAGAGGAAGAUGCAGAAGAGGAUGAAAAAGCAGAUCACGAGGAAUACUCAAAAGAUGCUAAACCAACAGAAAAGACCUCUUCCUCUCCUGCACCCUCUACUCCCAGCCCAAAAGAGCAACGUACCCCAAGACCCAAAGUCCACAUCCCUUCCCCGCAAGAGACGCUCAGUACACCAGAAGGGCCCAAACCCCUUAGCCCUUUCUCUCCACUCGACGGCCACCAGCCGGUGACAGAUUGGGGUGAAGAAAUGGAGAUGCUUUCUCCUAAGAGCAGUCUGGGAGAGAGCCCUCUGAGGCCCAGUAGCACUGAAAGCAGUCCAGCCCAACCCAAGAGCAACCAGGCCGAACAUAACACAUCCACCGCCCCCAGCCAGCCAGAAGAACCAGAAAGAAACGAAAUCACAUCUACAGUGGUGGAGUCCGCUUCCUGUGAAACACAAGAGUCGGUACCAGCUGAAUCUGCCGACACUACCACUUCGAUCAGCCACGACACAGAAGAUUCCGUUGUGCCGCCCACUCUAGACAGCACCAACCAGAGCAAGGACAGCGACGUCCCUAUUAUAGAGCCGGAUCAGAGUGAGUCUGAAACAAAGGCUGUGGAGGAAACGGUAGUGGAUUCUUCAGAGCAACCGUCCUCAGGCUGAGGACUAAAUGCAGUAGGUGAACUCAGUGGUCCACAGACUGAGAGAGGAGGUAAGCAGAGGAAAGACGAGACAUCAGGUGUAAUGGACGACUGUUGACUGUAAAUUUAAAAGGGUCGAGGAAACGUCUUUGGAUCCCCACCAACGCUUCAUCCAAACAACUCGCUGCAUUGUUUAAUUAUUCCUCAUUGGUUGGGACUCUAUGCUGUUGUCGAGCUAUGUUGCUGCUCUUUUCUCACAUUUACCCUGGGACUAAAAAGUAAAGCAUGUCAUACUCAAACCUCAAGAUUACAUUUUUAUGACGGAGCAGUGUAAGUGCCUGUUCCCCAACGUUGUUUGAUCCACCCUAAGCCACUAAAAGACACCAACAUUUGGCACAACAGCACUCAAUUUGAUAUCUGAGUUCAAAUUUACAUUUGAUAAGGAACAUAAGGUGUAUUUAUUGCUUAGAGUGGCAUGUUCGACUUUUUGCAAUCCCUUUGUAAACUAGGGCAUUACUACUUUUUUUCUUCUUCAGGGCUACUUUUGAAACUAUUACAUAAAGAUGGAAUUCUCAAAUGACAUUUUAAUUUUAAUAUUAUAUUCAUGAGGAUGAGCUGUGGAUUUUAAGUUUACUAUAAACAAUUGGUGCCCUAGACAUUAUGUGCACACUGACCAAAGAUGAAAUCGUGGUAAAUUGUAAAGAGUUUGAAUAAGGAAAUCUAAACAAUUGGGGCAUCAAAUAAUGUGUACCUCAUUGCUAUCAAAUCUAAUAUUAGUUUGACCAUUUUUAAUGGUUUAUUAAUCAUGUUUGUUUAGUAAUCGUAUGCAUUUAUCGCAGGUGUAUAUGUGUGUUUCUGAAUUUGAAUGAAAUGAGCAGGAGCUUUUAAACUGACAGACAUUCCAAUGCUUUGUGUGAGUGCUUGUUUCUCUCUUCACAUGUGCGUUGUAUAUCCCUGUUUUUCAACUGAGCUCACGGAGCAGAAAGAAUCAUGACAUUUGUGAUUGUAUCAUACCUGCUGCAUCUCCCUGCAGACGAAAUGUCUUCCUGUUUGGAGUAAUUAUAUAUAAUUUGGUUUGCCUCUUGUAGGAGGUUUGGUUUGGCUUUUCAGAUGUGCACGUAGCAUGAUACUGAAGUGUUUGUAGGAUUUUCCUCCUAAGUUUUCUUUUAAGACUACAUGCAAUCUGUUUUUUUUUUAUUAUUGUUUUAGUUUACUGGAGAUUUUUUGGUUUCUUUUAUCAACAUAUUAUGAUGUGUGAACCAAGCAAGCAGUGCAAAUGUUUCUGUAAUUUGUAAGCUGUCAUAUCAAAUAAAUGACAUCUUUGCCUUAUGUAUUUCA